AUGAAUUUGACAUUUCUUUGUUUUCCUAAGAUUUCCUUAUUACUUCCUUUAUCCUUGCAGGCAUUCACCGCGAAUGAUGUGAGAAUAAGCGAUGACUCUAAGGAAUUGUACUUCGACAAACACGUAGAUUACAUCGCAAACCAUGGCAACGACAAGAACGAUUAUGAGUAUUGCAUGACAGAAUUUCUCCGAAUGUCCGGAAUAUACUGGGGUGUCACUGGGCUGGAUUUGAUGAACGAACUGGGCCGGCUGGACAAGCAAUCCAUCAUCGAGUUCGUAAAGAAGUGCCAGUGUCCGACUACAGGAGGUAUUGCCGCUUGCGAAGGUCAUGAUCCACACAUUCUCUACACGCUCAGUGCUAUUCAGAUACUGAUCAUUUACGACUGUCUGGACGCGAUCGAUACGGAAAUGGUGGCAAAGUAUGUGGCUUCACUGCAACAGCUCGAUGGAAGCUUUUUCGGUGACAAGUGGGGAGAGGUGGACACUCGAUUUUCCUUCUGCGCGGUGGCCAUAUUGAGCCUGAUCGGUCGAAUGGAUGUGAUGGAUGUAGAAAAGGCAGUUGCGUUUGUGAUGUCCUGCUGCAACGCGGACGGUGGCUUUGGUUCGAAACCGAACGCUGAAAGUCAUGCCGGAUUAAUUUACUGCUGUGUCGGAUUUCUCUCCAUCACGGAUCAAUUACAUCGGCUAGAUUGUGAGCGUUUGGCUUGGUGGCUUUGCGAGCGACAACUACCGAGCGGAGGGCUAAAUGGACGGCCGGAAAAGCUGCCCGACGUUUGCUAUUCCUGGUGGGUGUUGGCUUCCCUCACCAUCAUCGGAAGGUUGCAUUGGAUCAGUUCGGAAAAGUUGGAAAAUUUUAUCCUUUCGUGCCAGGACGCGGAAACAGGUGGAUUUGCCGAUCGAACCGGCAACUUGCCGGACAUUUUUCAUACACUGUUCGGGCUGGGCGCUCUGUCGCUGCUGGGUGAUAAGCGAUUGAAAGCGGUCAAUCCGACGUUUUGUAUGCCACAGUACGUUAUCGAUCGGUGCAAUCUGAAGCCUAAAGUUAUCGUGCUGUAG